AACUCCCGGUAAUCUUGUUCUAAUAGUGCGAUCAACGAAAAUGAGUGAAUCAGUGGGACUGAAAUCACCGAAAAAACGACGUGCCAGGCAUCGCUAUCGUCGUCGUUCAUCUGGCAAGCCGACCGUUGGCACCAAAACUCCGUCGAAACCAGCUUCACCACCGCCAGUAGCAGCUGCAGAUGCGUCUGUACGAGCGGAGCGAGAUCAUAAGCCUAGAAAGGCAAAAGUAGAUCCCAGAUUUCUGCAAGAAGAGCGCGAGGUAAUAGCAUCGCUGGAGCGCUUAAAAGUAACGUCCGACGUGGAUGGUGCAAAUUCAAAACCAUCGCUGCACGAGAUCGACAGAGCCAUUCUCUUUUUUACCGAUGUACUGCCGGAUGAGGAAUUCUUCGACGCGGAAGACACAGAACCCGAAGCUGCUCUUCCGAUCGGUACAGAUGAGGUUCCGCAGAAAACACCUUCCCCGCGGUCAUCGUCCUCUAAUGAAGCGGAUACUCCCACACACCUUGCGUCGUCGUACUUCCAAGCCGAAGAUGGAACACCGGUAGUUGUACCCUGGAAACUACAAAAGUAUACCUUUUGCGAUGAGGAUCUGCUGUACUAUCGACCCGCUGCCACGCUACCCGAAUCCAGAGCCACCCUUGAGCAGGUGUGUGUUAUCGACCCGAAUGUCGAAUCUUCGGACAUGGAAGACGACCGUGCUCGGCGCAUCGAAAAGCCACCGGUUAGUGUGGCGAACAAGAACCGAAUGAUGAACCGUUUGCUGGAAGAGGAGCAGGAAGAGUGGUUCGAUGCGAGCGGGGAGCUUGUGGAUUUCCGGUGCUACAUCGAAAAUCAAACACGGGUGCGGGGGUUCUGCAGCAAAACGUUUGUGCCGUUCUUCGUUGAACCCAUGCCACUCGCCAAGACGCUGGAGCGUUUACCGAUGGAACGUACGGUCAAGAUCCUGAUCGGUAGGGUACGCUUCGAUGCACAUCCCUCGCUGGAGGAAGUGGUACGACUGCGGCUGCGAAUAGUGGAGCUGUACAAACAGUACUACCGGAUCAGGAAGCUUAACAGAAAGGAAGCUUUGCAGGCAAAGCUGGACGAGCUGCGAGAUGGUAGUGGAGAUGCGGGAGAGGAAUUACAAGAACCGGAAGAACCAAUCGAUUCCUACGAGAAGAAAAUGACCCGCCGAGAGUAUAGGAAUCUUUUGUAUCAAGAGAUUCGUACGGAGCGCCAUUUGGCCAAACAGAUACUGGAGCUUUGGGAGGAGCUGAAAGCAAAGCACCAGGACGGAUGUGGGCUGAAGAUGUCUGUCAACAGCCAGGACACGGAUGAGGACCGUGAUGGUAGCGAUUGGCAGGAACGAUAUGAGCUGGAACUGCGUGAAACGCUGGAAGAAGAGCAGGAACUAUACCUGCGCGACAAGCAGGAGUAUAAAGCCUACCUACGCGAUCUGGCCCUCGAACAUCGUACAGACAUCAAUGAAUCAUUACCUUCGAUGCAAAAGCCUAAAAAACCGGAUGUUGGAAAGAUAAAGAAAGAGUUUCGGGUGCUGUUUGAUGAGACAUUCCGCGCUCCAGGUGAACCAUUGGUGGACAUUGUAUUGCGGCGCGAUCAGGAACGGAGAUCAGACCCAUCCGGGGCUCCUUCCGGUCGAGAUCUUUUGUUUAAAAUGAAGCUCUUCAUUGACAACAAUCACGUGGCAUCGACCAAGGCACGCCAUUUUGAAACCGAAGAUCGUACGAUCAUCGACUUUAACACGUCCUUUUCUAUCAAACUAACGACCAAGAUCCCGGAGACGAUUGCCCUGCAUCUGUACGAAAAGAAUCGAAUGAUGAUGAAAAGCAAACGAGCGGAACUCUUUCUACCUCUGCCCAGCUCGGAGGAGCUUUACGAGGAUGUGGAUUUUGUGGACUAUCAGUUUUCGUCUGGCAAACCGUACCAGGCGCAGACAUACACUAACGGUACAGUUGAAUUGAGGAUCGGAUGGAUGGAGCCCUCGGAUGGGAGCUUUCCCAGUCCCAGCCAGCGUCGCACGGUGCCGAAACGGGUCGUCGUGCCAAGGGAACUGUUGCGCCGAUGGAUCGACGAUCGGGCAUUGGAUAGUGAAAACGAACCGAACGCCGACACUGAUGCAGCAUUGUUGCGAGCACUGAACGAAACUGAGCCCACCACUUCCCAGGAGCGUGACCGGCGCCGUUCGAAAGAUUCCACCCAAGCUGCGGACGAGUCCGAUGAGACAGAGUUUCUCUUCAACGAGGAUCUGCUUGCCUUUUGCAGCGAGGAAACGAUCGAGCAAAACGAACGGCUGAACAUGCUGAGCAAACGGUUCCAGUGCAGUUUAAAGUAUCGGGACGCUAAAUUUAUCCCGCAAACCGAGCGCGAGUUAGCGGUCGAAGGCAUCGAGGAGCAGUCGAUGAAAAUUAUCGACGAAACGCUCGGUACGGAUCCGAUCGAUUUGCAGCGGCACCGGGGUAAGCGCCACCUGCAGAAGGUGUACGACACGAUCAGCAAUCACUGCCGGGUGCUGAACCAGGAUAAGGUAAACAAUGCAAAUUUGCUGGUCGGCGGCGAUCAGGUGCCAUCGUUCGGUUCGCUCAGCUUGGCAUUUUUGGAGAUAUUCGGUCCGAGACGGCCGCUGAAACCGUCGCGCCGAUCGCCGAACAGCCGAGCAUCGGUACGGGUAAGCGACGUGACGCGGUUCAAGAUUAUUGUCACGAUCGUGCGUGCGUUCGGUAUACCGAUGCGCAUGGAGGACUAUCAGACGGGUGCGGUUGGUAGAAGGAACAGUAACAUGUCCUCGUCGAACGGACGAUUCUCUUUCCGAACGUCGAACGUACGGCCGUACAUAGCAGUGUCGUUGAAGGAUCGCAUUUUCCGCACCUCGACAGCUGAUGGAACGGCGCCAACGUGGAACGAACAGCUGGAAGUACCGCUGGACUGUAGUACUGAUCAAAUUCGGAAACAUCUGCACAUUGACCUGUACGAUGAGUACAUGGAAGAUCUGCUCGAGGAUGAUCGUACCAGACCGACUGAGGUUUACCAGCGUAUCUCGAGCCGAUGGUUGGGCCAGCUUCGUAUCCCAAUCAGUACGAUCUAUCUGAAUCAACGGCUGGAAGGAACGUUUGAGAUAAAGACACCACCGAUUCUGUUCGGCUACGAUCGGCAGAUGCAAGACCACCCAACGACGGAGCUCGUAGAUAACUAUGGAAAUCCAAUUGGACUACUCGGUGGCGGUGUAGGAACUGGCGUGAGUGGUCUGCCAGACAUGCGGGAACUAACACACGUGACACUGUUCAUCAGUCUGGAGCCACUGAUCGAACGACCGAGUCUCGAUACGGGCGGUUUGGAGUGUGUAGAGCUGGAGCGUAUCAAAACACGCAUCUACCUGUGGUACGAAGAGUACCGGCAUGAGUUUCCUUCCCGUGCAGUGGUCCCACCGAUGGUCACACUGCUCGGUGGAAAGCGUAUCUGUGCCACAAGGCUGCUCGGCCCAUUGCCGAUACCGUUUCCGAUUGAUGAGCUGGCGGAAACCAUGAUCCGUCGGUACGUUUCGCUUAUUCCCGUGCACUACAGCGUAGAUCCGUGCUCACAGUUGAGCGGUGUAUGGCUUACCAAUAAGGAAAUCCUCACAAUGAUGUGUGGCUCGCCGAAAGAUCUCGGUGUCCUGCUGGCCUGUUUCUAUCUUCAGCUGGGCUACGAGGUGUGGCUCAUCUUCGGCAAUAGCGUGCUGAUGGGCGAUACUACAUUUGUGCUGCUUCUGGAUGGAGGUGAAUUCUUCGUCGUCGAUCCGUGCAGUGGCAAGCGGUACAGCUCGACCGACACGUACUGUCCGCUGAAUCGGAUAUAUCUGAUUGUGGGUCCGGACAAUGUGUGGGGCAACAUUCAGAAGGAAAACCGUGUCUUUCUCACGCAGCUCGAUGUGCGCAAGUCGGGCUACUGGCGUGCGUUGUUCAAUCGUUUCCACGAGCCACCGGUUGGGUGUGUGCAGGAGGCUUCCUUUCCGUUUCGCGAGGCACUACCCGCCAAAGAGCUGCAGCGUGCCAUCGAACGGAAGCUCAUGCGCAAGAUUGCCUCGUGGCGUACGCAGAGGAAAACGGUUUGGAAUCGCUUCAUAAGCGAUCAUCUACGCAGCACGCUGAUCAGCUUGGAGCGGGACACGUGCUUGCAGGCGAACACGGAACGGCACGCGGAAGCGUUUAGCCAGAUGUUCAUAUCGUACAAGGUGAAUGGGUUUCCCAUCAACCUGCCCUACAACAACCUCUCCACCAUUGUGGCCCACGUGAAGGGUACCGGCAUACACUUAAACUCAGAAGCUGCCGUAGAGUUUGCACUGGGCGUACACAUCAAGGACUAUCCGUGCAAUGUGUACUCGGUUUGGAUUUUUCUGAUGUCACUUGUGCCAAGGGCUUAAGGUAGGCUUUAUAUGCUGUAUACUAGUUUUAAAAUCAUUUAAUUUUGCAAGCAGAAUAUACGCACGGGAGUGCCAAUGUGUUGGUGCAAUUUAUCGAGAAAGAUUGAUCUAUAGAAA